AUGGCGGACUACGAGCCCGAGGACAACCUCGAACAGAACAGCGCCCUGAGCAGUGAAAGUAUCCAAGAGGAUAUUAGCAACCUGUUGCGCACAAAGCUUGCGGGCGAACAGUGGAACCCCGCCAAGGUAGAUGGCUGGGUGGAGGACAUUGUGAACUCGAUCCUGACGGAGCUCGCUGAGCUCAAGAAACCGUACAAGUACAUUGUCACGUGCGUGUUCAUGCAGCGCACCGGUGCUGCGCUUUCUGUCGGGUUUAUUAGCCUCUGGGACAAUACAAAGGACGGCAUGGUGCACGUCCCGUUCGAGAACGAUUCGUUUCACUGCCUGGUGACAGUGUACUUCUUGAAGAACGACUAG